UGCAUGAUAAACGACUGUACAGAGAUGUGAAUGGCAGGCUACUAGCAGCUUAUAACACCUUGUGCGACAGUUGUAACACCCAGUCUCGUCAUAUUGACUCACUCAACGUGGAGAUUCGAGGUCGGUAACCAAAGCUCCGUCCUCCGGCCAAGUUCAUGAUCCCAUACAUUAUACGUCUGGAAAUAGCGUUCGGUCUCGGGGUUUAUUGUAAGUCCGCAUGCUGCGAAACCUCAAAACUAGGGACCGUUCUGACCAUCUUGUUCUCUUCUAAAUGAUCAAAAUUGGCUUGGUUAAGGUCGCACAACUUCUCAACUUCAAGCCUCUUCUUAUAUCGUGUAGCCCAUUUGCACCCAACCUACAACGAGAUAACUGCCGACCUGAUACGAUUCGUGGCUUUAGUCUUGUCGAACUAUGCGAGCUCGCCAAAGGAUCAAAGUGUUCACAUAAGCAUCCGCCUCAAGGCCAUCACCGUCGACUAGAUGAGGUUGCCACGCUCACCGAUCCUAAGGCUAUACGGGCUUGCCCACGGCUGAAGCUGAACGGACAUUGCGGCAGUCAUCUGGGGCUUAUAGACAAAUCCGAAGCUUCCUCAAGCCCCGACGGCUUCCGGCUUCCGCCUAGGCCGCAAUUUCUGGCCUGGAGGAGUAAAUGCGCUACACGAUCUUAUCGUUCCACGCUUUCUUCUUGGUCGAGGCCGCUGAAGUCAUGUCAGGCCCCCAUAUGCAUGGAUGGAAUGCCACACCUUAGUGCCAGGCCACAACUGCAGGUGAAGAUCUUUUGUGAAGUCUUGUUGCUAUGGUUUUCUCUGGCCCCCGAGGUGAGACGAAAAGUUCAUCAUCGACUCAGCAUGAACUUCCUGAAAAGAUUCCGUCGUGUUACAUUACUCUGCAGGCUUCUCGUGGGUGAUUGAUGAAGCUAAAAGGCGUGUCUUUCCGCAUGCUUGGCUGUUGUUGUUCCAGUUUACUUCCAACAGCACUCGUCGAAACUCCUUCAAGAUGGCUUCUAUCAUGUCCGCCCCAGACUACUCAAUGGCUGCGACGAGUCGUUCGCACCUGAGUGUACGUCUGCCAAAAGAAACUCUCUACUCAUCUCUGAGGGAAUCUUCUCGUUACUUCAACUUCGAUUUAGAGACGGCCAAGCUUGCCCGGGAUGCUGAUGAGUGGCUCACGACGCAUCCUAACGGUUCGGGGUCUAAGGAAUCCAAGGAUGCUAACGGUAUAAGUCGACCUUCGUCAAUUGCCCCAAGUAACUUUAGUGUUCGGUCUUUACCAGCAGA